UUGCUUGUUAGAACCUUCUCUGCAUGGGGCCACCCAGUGGCUCAGCGGUUAAGUUCACACGUUCCGCAUUUCGGAGGCCUGGGGUUCACCGGUUCAGAUCCCGGAUGUGGACAUGGCACCGCUUGGCAAAACCCGUGCUGUGGUGUGAAAAAGACAGCAUGAACUUUACGCCGACACAUACCCCUGUCUGCAGAAAUGGUUCUCCCAGGUGGAGGGGAGUGUCUUUCUCAGAGGCAAUGGAGUCAACUCCCUUGCCUUCCGUCGAAGAUCGUUUGGCCAUCCUCUGCCCUUCUCAGGAGCUUCUAGAAUAUUAUCAAAAGAAAAUGGCCGAAUGUGAGGCAGAAAAUGAGGACCUAUUGAAGAAACUGGAACUCUACAGAGAAGCUUGUGACAGCCAGCAUAAACUAGAGUGGGAUUUGCAGCAGAGGGAGGAAGAGAUUGCUGAAUUGCAGAAAGCUCUAAGCGAUAUGCAGGUCUGCCUCUUCCAGGAGAGGGAACAUGUUUUACGCCUCUACUCAGAAAAUGACCGGCUGAGAAUCAGGGAGCUAGAAGACAAGAAAAAGAUUCAGAAUCUCUUGGCUCUUGUGGGAACAGACACUGGAGAGGUGACCUAUUUCUAUAAGGAGCCUCCCAACAAAGUCAGCAUUCUCCAAAAGACUGUCCAGGCUGUAGAUAUAUGUGAACAGAAUGCAUCUUCAGCUUUCAGAGCAGAUUCUAAAGUGAGCAAAAGAAAACCAGCAAUGCGAGAGAAGGAGGAGAGUUCUGAGCAAUACCAAGGAGACAUACAAACACUUAUCCUCCAGGUGGAAGCCCUGCAGGCUCAGAUGGAAGAACAAACCAAGCUUUCUAGAGAGCAAGUUGAAGGGCUCAUGGAGGACAGACGGAUCCGCAUUGAAGAGAUACAAGUUCAUCAUCAGAGGAAUCAGGACAAAAUCAAAGAGCUUACCAAAAAUCUCCAUCACACCCAAGAACUACUCUAUGAGAGCACCAAAGACUUUUUGCAACUCAGAUUUGAAAACCAAAAUAAAGAAAAGUCAUGGAUGCUUGAAAAGGAUCAUUUGAUAUCAAAGAUUAAGCAGUACAGGGUGCAGUUUAAGAAGAAAGAAGAUAAAAUUGGAAAAGUUUGGCCAGUUGUUCAUGAGAGUCGUCAUAACCAAAACGAAUAUAUUAAGUCCCUAAAGGAUAAGUUAGUACAAGAGAAGAAGCUGUCCAGCAUGUACCAAGAGCAGUGCAUUGCCCUGGAGGAAGAACUUGCCCGAAUUCGGGAGGAGGAGGGGGUGAGGAGAGAGAUCUUCAAGGAUCGCACCAACAAGAUGGGGAAGCGUUUACAGGUAAUGACAAAACGCUAUGAGGCCUUGGAGAAUCGGCGUGUCUUGGAAGUAGAAGGCUUUAAGACGGAUAUUAAGGCUCUCCGGCAGAAACUGAAAGACUUGGAGCAAAUGCUCUAUAAGGCAACACUUAACGCGCGGGCAAACCAGGACCUUGCCAUCCUCUGUGAGGUCCGGGACAGCAAUAGACGGGCACAUAAGAUACAAGGAGAACUGAAGAACCUGAAGUCCAAAGUAUUUGGUCUGGAGAAUGAACUUAGACUCUGUUGAUCUUUACUUUUGGAAAUGACUCUCAUCUGGAAUAGGCCUGCUUCCUGAAAUCUGAAAACAAAAUGUCGUCUUCUCCCAGGAACUACAGGCAGAGAGAUGCCUGGGAUAGUGCUAUCUGUUAUUAUAGAGACAGAGUGAAGAAGCAUCAGGACUGCUUAUAAAGCUUUUCUUGCGUGUUAAGCUUUAUCUAUAGUUUUUGCUGUCCUGUUAACCUUUUAGUUGUUUUGGUCUGGACUAUAACCUGAAUUAGUUAGACAUUUUCCCACAUUUAUAAUGACAGCUUUUGUUUUUUUAAGAAGACAAUGACGAUGAAAACUUAGGAAGAAAGUAUUUUUCUGUGAGCUUGGCUGAGUGUCAAUGGGAACACCUUUCCUGAGGAGAGAAAGGCAUCCACAGAGCUCGCCUUCCUCCCAGGCAGAGGGAAGGCAGCAAACCACAGCUUGUGAAAUGUGACUAGGCAGGCAUUCUGCUGUGUGACUGUGUUCGUGAGCUGUAGGGCCCGAGUUACAUUUUGGGACACUCAGUCUCAUGAACUUUCACCAGAGGGCACCAGAGACCCUACUCUCAAGCAAAAUGUUCAUCUAGGAAGAUAAAGGUGCCACUUUGGUAAGAGCGAGUGAAACUUAAAUGAUCUUUGUAUAAAAAGUUCAUUAUUAUACCAGUAACAUGGUUUUUUAAAAAUAAUGUAUAUAUUUUAAAUUA